AGGACGCAGCAUUAACCUUUCAUAUGUGUGUGGUGGCAAAAAAUCGUGGGUUCAAACCUUGGUUGUGCUGUUAUAGAGCUACGAAAAACGUUAUCGAAAAAGUUGACAAAAAAAUUGGUUAGGAUCAUUAUCAUACUCAGACUAGAGGAUUUCGGUGAAUUUACGAAGAGUGCGUGAUCACCACCGUAUAUACUUAAUAUAUAUUUUUACUUUCGACAUGCUACGUCCUGACCAGAACAACCGAGUUUCAUGUAGUCCAUGGUUACACUAUAGGUAUACCUUUUUGUGCAACAGCAGCCCAUUUUCAGGUCAUAAACGUGCAUCGCUCAAACAUAAGCGCUCUGGAUUAAGUAAGAAACUACGGAACCCUAAAAACACCUAUAUGUGUGGUGAUCGCAAAUUAGACUCUGGCAUACAGAACUUGUCAGUCAGUAAGAAGUAAGAACCAGGAAAAUUAUACUCAUCCCUUUGUUUUGGGUGUAAGUAUAGUAUAUUUCAACUCUGAAACUAGACGAAUUCUAAAAAAGCUUUAGAACAUUUUAGUCUUUAAAAUGAUCUGGAAUAUACUUUCAAAAUCUCUCGAGUUCCUCACAGGUACGUCAAGCAUAUUAUUAGCUGUGCAAUCUGCCACAGUUUUACGAAUUUUUAUAAUGCUACGGCCACAUUAUAGGGCGAAGAUUCGUGGCGCGUUGUCGCGACAAAAACUUCGCGGUACAACGAACACGAACUACAUGGCCACAUAUUGUCGCGAUAAAAGCUUCGGGCGAACUAGAUCGGUCAAUGUGGAUCUGGCGGCAAGAUGGAGGAAGCGUGAACUCUUGAAGUGUAGCCACUUGCACGAACUUUGUCGCGAUAAAAUUCCUUUGAUGUGUGGCAAGAAACCGAUGGGACCCCUAACACAGUUCGAGUUCGCCCAAAUGAUUCGCGCCACAGCGAACUACGUGGCUAUACUUGUCGCGACAAGUCGAACAUUCGCCGAAUCCCGAUAAUGUGGCCGCAGCAUAAGUGGCAGCGGACCGCCCCCGCCGCCCCCCCUUAGCUACGCCACUGAGUAUAAGUACUAGCGUAAUACAAAGACAGUAUAGGUUCAAAUGAGACAGUCCUGGGCCCAACUAUACAUAUAUUAUAUGUUCCAUCUUCUAGUUCGUGAGCUGUAAAUAAAAUGGUAAAGGGCUACGCUACAGACCGCGCGCUCCAUUGUUUUGAUUAUAUUCUCUUUGCUUCUUCUAAUCAAACUGUCACAAUGACAUUGUAGGUGAAUGAUAUUUAUUUUAUUCCCUUUGUAAAAUAACUGUUACAGUUCGUAAAACCAAAUAUUUCUACCAAAAUGAGCAUGAACACGACGGACCGCUACCCCGCCACGGCAUCGCAGUUCAUGCUGCGAGAGAUCAAACGCCAGCAAGAGCUGGUGAAUCGAGGCUACCAGCUACUGAAGCGGAAGGCCGAAGCUCUGAGGCUUAAAGGUCGACAGACGGCGUCAGACUUAUCGAUCACCCAAGCGGUUCUAGGCCAUACUCUUAAAGAGGCUUACAUAUCGUUGGCAGCGGUGAAGUUCACUAAUGGAGAGUCUAAUGCAUUGGUGCUUGAGAAUAUUGAGGAGGCACAAAUCCGUGUCAAACGCAUACCAGAAAACAUCUCCGGUGUCUCAACCGUGACCCUCCACGCUAUCGAAGAGCUGGGGGCCAGCGACGCGCUCCGCUACGCAGGCCUGGGGGCCGGCGGGCACCGCACCGGGGAGGCCAAAAGAGCCUUUCGCGAGGCCGUCCAUAUUCUGAUCAAGUUCGCGUCGCUGCGCAAUACGUGUAUAUUGUUGGACAAUGCGAUUAGAUCGACGUUAAGAAAAGUGAACGGCAUAGAGAAGGUCAUUAUGCCAAAGCUAUCGAACACAAUGAAAUACAUUCAAGUGGAACUAGCGGAGCGGGAAAGAGAGGAGAUGCACAGGCUAAAGAUGGUGAAAGCCAAGAAGAUUCGAGCCAAAGCUCUGGCGACAAUGCGUCUCGAAGACUCGCAAAAUGGGGACAAUGCUGCAGGCGGAGAAGGUGGUGAAAUUGAUGUCCGUUCUGCAGCCCGUAUCCGCUCCAUCGAGUGCCUCACGAGCAUCAUCUGCGCCUGCAAGUCGCUGCCAUCCACAGAUUCCAUCGAAGACUUCUCUAAACCAGUCUGCCAGCCCGCGGGAUGGGACGAUGAGGAUCUCCUCUUUUAACAGUUUUCACUUUGAACAUACAAGAAUAUCACUCAAAGCAUUGAAGCAUACAAAUGUACGUGUUUCGAAAAGUUUCAAGAUGUUAUCGGAAAUUUUCAUUUUGGAAACGGGAAAUUUUUAUUCGCAUACAAUUUCGGAAUUCUUCAAUGAGAAAAUUUCGCAAUUUUGGAAACAUUCCGAUCCAUCAGUAAUCUAUGAUCAGUAAUUAAGCAUGAAGCAUUGAAAGCGAAGGACUACUUACUCAUCACGACAUUGAUUAUUCUUUAUGUUCUUAGCGUCCAAGAUGUAGCCGCUUUUUCAGACUUAAGGGGUAAUUAAAUUUUCGGACACUUCUGCUAUCUUACUGCUAAGAGGGACUAGGAAACAACAUAUGUCUUUGUCUUUUCUCAGCUUAGUGUCCGGAGCGGAAUCUUGAGGCGCAAUUGCGUCGCCCUACGUAACUGACAGAACAGACAAGCUUGAAUGUUGUUUAAUUUUCAACUAAUUAAUAUUCUUUGUAAUUUAUUUAUUAAUAAAUUAGGUAGUCACAUUAUAAUCCAGUUUAAUUAAUUAUAUUUUGUGGAGAAAAACAAAUAUAAUUUGUAUUUAUU